CGCUAACCCCCUACCUGGGCCCAGGAGCGUCCCGCUCGGCGUCUCUCCGCUCCUCUGCGCACAGGAUGGAGGGGGCCCGGGCGGCGCUGGGGGCGUCGAGGGAAGACCGAGCCGGAGCCGAGUUCGAAAUGGAGUCCUUGCGAAGCCAGGUCCCGGAGCUGGAGCAGCCGCAGGACCCUGUGGAGGAAAGGCGCCCUGAGAGUCCCGAGAACAGCUUGAGUCUGGCCCCCGCCAAAGAGGCGGCGGGCGCGGGCCAGGACCUGUCGGGCGAGAAGAUGCUGCCCUCGCCUCGCCCCGCGCCCCUGCGAUUACUGCCACCCAGCCUGGGCUAUGGCGCCUUCCGCCGCCAGGCGUCGACCGGCCCGGAGCCGCCGUCUCCGGACCCCGUCGCGGCCGAGCAGCCCCGGGACGGCGAGAUGCCUGAGACCGAGCUGAUACCCAAGGCCGCGCCGGGUGAGCCAGCUCCGGGAGCCUGGACCCCGGUGGAACUACAGGUGGACGUGCGCGUGAAGUCUGUGGGCACGGCUGGCGGCAGCUGCGCGCCCUCGCCGGCGCCCUCCACACGCUUCCUCACCGUCCCGGUGCCCGAGUCCCCGGGCUUCUCCCGCCACGCCUCCCCCGCGCACACGCUCCUGCGGCGGACCCCGUCCCCGGGAGGCACGUGGGGCCGCGACACGCCGCCGGCCGCCGCCGGGACUGAGCGCGGCCUCGACGCCGAGGGCUGCGCCAGACCGGCGGAGGGGCGCGCAGAGUCCCCGGGCUCCCCUGUGUGCCGCUGCCGCUGCCGGGAGGAUGCCGUGCUCCUGCCGCACGCCGAGCUGGACGGCGACAAGAAGAUGUCCCGGAUCAUAAAGCGCGUAGGGCUGCCCAUGUACAUGAGGUCCCUGCGCUGGGCCCUGGCAGUCAUGGCCGUGCUCCUGGCGGUGUUGGCGAUGGCCGUUGUGGCCCUGGCCUCGAAAACAGGGAUCAGAUGCCGACCAUGCCCCCAGGGCUGGAUGUGGUCCGAGGGGCACUGCUACUACCUCGCUGCCGAAGCCAAGGCCUGGGAGACCAGCCAGGCUUUCUGCUCAGCCCACCACGCUACCCUCCCCCUGCUGAGACACACCCAGGAUUUCCUGAGCAGACACCCGGUCACCAAGUACUCCUGGGUGGGAGCCCGACGAGGCCCCCAGGGCUGGCACUGGAUCGACGGGACCCCCCUGCCACCCCAGCUGCUCCCAGAGGAAGACCAGGACCAGCCGGAUCUCGAGUGCGGGCGCCUGGAGGGAGGCAAGCUGGUGGCUUCGGACUGUGCCUCCCCCAGACCCUGGGUCUGUGCCAAGGGCACCAAGUGACUUAGGUUUCUGCUGGCCCUGAGUCUGCUGGGGGAUUGUGGCUCCCCGGGGAGGCCAGGUUGAGAGCUGGGGCAGUCUCCUCCCUGGACCGGGUGCCCAGGUCUCCCCGCUCGGUGCUCAACAGUCCUAGAGAACCAGGGAGCGUGUCCCAGGGCAGGAAGAUGGGGUCCGCAGGAGAGGAGAGCCGCCGUGGCCCCGAGGCUGAGCCCCCGCUGGAUCUCUAGCUGCUCAAGUGCAUUUGCUGUGACCUUGUGUUUUUUUUUUUUUUAAAGCAUUCUAAGCCUGUUUCUCCUUCGUUAAACCAGCCAUUCCCCAUUCUCACAUACCUGCUGCCUCACAGGCACGUGCCCUUUCCGAGAGGAACAGAGAGAACUCACAGGUGAUCCCAGCCUCGGUUCUCGAGCCCGCAGAGGAGGCUAUUUCAUGCCCGGGAUUUGGCAGCAAUGAUGUCAUUGCUAUAAAGACCCUUUCCAGGUGGCCAGACACACCCACGCACCCACAGCGUGGGGAGGACGGGGCAGGAGAAAGGGCCGCCCCAGAGGAGAGAGGAAGCAGGUCCUGUCCCUGCCCCGGGAGCAGGCAGAGAGUAAGGUUCUUUGUGCAGACUGGCAUCGGCGGGUUGCUGGUGGGGCAUCCACCCAGAUGAUGUCAGAGGCUGAGAGGAUGUGGCGACUACAGAGCCAUCCAGGCAGGGGAAACCCAGGGAGCACCCCCUCUUGGUUGGUGAAGCUGCUGCAAAGCUUGGGGUCUGAGUGAGAAAAAGGAAUCAGAAAUGUGGGGAGGCAAGAGGCAGCGCUGCCUCUCAUAGCCAUGGGGACACAGCCUGGAGAUGCUCCCCAGUUGAGGUUCAGUGAGGGGUCUUCGGGUUGAAGGGCAUGGCAGCAAAGUGGGGGGAAGAGAGUGUGUGCACACACACACACAGGCUCAUUCAGUUGAGUCCAACUCUUUGAGGCCCCAUGGACUAUAGCCCAC